UUUUUUAUUUCUCCUAUUUCUCGAUACUUGAACCUCUUUUUGCUUCCUAAUAGACCAAUUCACCUUUGCUUUGUCCUUUUGAGAAUUGCCCAGCACACUCCCAUAUAUCUCUCAUAUACAGCACAACAUGGCUCCCACGAUCCAUCUCGUACGCCACGCGCAAGGCUACCACAACCUCAACGCCGAAAACGAGAAGCUGCCGGAUCCGGACCUCACUCCUCUCGGCAACCAGCAGUGCGCCGAUCUGCGUGCCGCAUUCCCGCAUCACGACCAGCUCCGCGGCCUGGUCGCCUCGGGCAUGCGCCGCACAUUGUAUACCUGCCUCCAGUCCUUUGGUACGGACAAGCUCGGCCCUGUGAUUGCGCUGGAUACUCUCCAGGAAGUGUCCGAUGCACCUUCAGACACGGGGUCGUCGAUUGAGAAGCUCGCAGCUGAGUUUGGCGACAAGGCGGACCUGAGUAGAAUGCGCGAGGGGUGGAACUUCAAGGGUGAGGGAAGCUAUUUUGAGCCCGCGCUUGACAAGCUGGCGACGAGAGCAAGAGAAGCGAGGGUAGCGCUGAGGGAGAUUGCCACCGGCCUUGGAGACGAUGCGCACAUUGCCGUGGUUUCUCACGGAGCGUUUCUGCACUUCUUGACGGAGGAGUGGCACGGAAUUACCAACACAUAUCCCACAAGCUGGAAGAACUGCGAGUACCGCACCUUUCAGUUUGUCGAUUCCACGGGCCAAGACCCCGAUGCUGAAAUUCGCGAGACUGACGAGAGCUGGCGCCGGCGACAUGGCACCUUGAAGGUCCCCACCGCAGAGGAGCAGCGUGAGCUCCGCGAGAUGAUGGUGCGAGAACUCUCGCCCUUUUUCAAGGUGAAAAAUCACAUUUGAAGUCUUGUAUAGUGUAUGCCCAAAAUGCGAGACUGUAGACUGUAGAGGGUACAACCAUCAAACAUGGUAGACAGAUGCCUCAGAGCGAGAGAGUAAUUAUCGACAAAGGGAAAGGAACUGGGUAAGAGUUUAACGGAAACCUGACAUUACACUAUAGAAAGUGUUCUUUUAGAGGAAACCACAUAGAAAACUGUAGCAUGAUGAAUAGAACGCCAAUAUUCUUUGG